UUAUCUCUAACAAGCCUUGAGAAAAAGCCCUUUCGCUCGUGUUUUCUUUUUUUCCAUUACGCUUUUGAAACUUCAUCCGUUAUCGAGGCUAGCUGCGGCUACCAUCGACGAGGGAGUGAAUUUGUAGUCCGCCGCGUCGUGCAUCUUUUGUGAGCCGUGGAACGAGCAUUACACCAAUCUGUGACCACUGUGUGCGUGUGUGUGAGCAGCCCUUUCCGUCGCUCGCAUCACCUGCGCGAGAGCGCAGCGGCGUGGUGGUGAAAUUGGGGUGCUUGGUUGCGCGCGCGUGUGUGUGAGUGUACUCGUCGAGACGUCAUGGGCCUGUCGUAGUUGAAGGCAGGCUCCUGCGCUAUGAUGGCCGGUGUGUUCGACUUGGAGCUGCACGACGCCGAGAAUGACAAGAACGACGAAUCCAGCGACGACGCCAUCGAAGUGGACGAGCAGAGCCUUUCGGUGGAGCCCAAUAUCAACUCCAUAUUAGAAUUGCAGGAUGUGGAAAAGAUUCAGCUGUCAGAGGACACAGUCAACCCCAACCAGGAGAAGACUGGCCCCAAGGACUUUGAGCUGCUCAAGGUGCUCGGCAAAGGUGGCUAUGGAAAGGUUUUCCAAGUCCGCAAGCUCACAGGAAAAGAUGGAGGUCGCAUCUUUGCCAUGAAGGUGCUCAAAAAGGCCACCAUUGUCCGGAACCAGAAGGACACUGCACACACAAAGGCUGAACGCAACAUUCUGGAAGUAGUCAAGCACCCAUUCAUAGUGGACCUCAUCUACGCCUUCCAAACGGGCGGCAAGCUCUACCUGAUCCUGGACUACCUGAGUGGCGGAGAGCUCUUCAUGCACCUAGAGCGUGAGGGCAUCUUCUUGGAGGACACUGCUAGCUUCUACCUGUCUGAGAUAGUGCUUGCAUUGGAGCACCUUCAUCGUGAAGGCAUCAUCUACAGGGACCUUAAACCAGAAAAUGUCCUGCUCGAUGCACAGGGCCACGUGAAACUGACAGACUUUGGACUUUGCAAAGAGUCAAUCCAGGACGGUGCCAUGACGCACACGUUUUGUGGGACGAUAGAAUACAUGGCUCCGGAAAUCCUUACAAGGACGGGUCAUGCCAAGGCAGUCGAUUGGUGGAGUCUAGGUGCUCUCAUGUACGACAUGCUCACAGGAGCGCCUCCAUACACAGCGGAGAACAGGAAAAAGACAAUAGAAAAAAUCUUGCGCUGUCGGCUCAAUCUGCCUCCUUACCUGACACCCGAUGCAAGGGAUCUCUUAAGAAAACUGCUGAGGCGCAAUGUACUCCAGCGGCUGGGCAGUGGACCUAACGAUGCGCGUGACAUCAAGGUGCACCCGUUCUUCCGGCACGUCAACUGGGAGGAUGUGCUGGCAAGGCGCGUGGAACCCCCCAUCAAGCCACAGCUGCUGAACGAUGAGGACGUGUCGCAGUUUGACACCAAGUUCACAAAGCAGACGCCCAUCGACAGUCCAGAUGAUGGAAUGCUUUCGGACAGCGUCAAUCAGGUGUUUGUGGGCUUCACGUAUGUGGCCCCCUCCGUGCUAGAGGAGCUCCACCGGCCCAUGGUGAUAAAGGCACGCUCACCACGCAAGAUCACCAACAGUCCCCGGGCGCCUUUCAGCCCAGUGUCAAAGCGUCCCCAGCCGCACUUUGGCUUCAGCCCCUCACCGCUGGUGACGGGUAGCAGCGGGGUCAGUGGGCGGCGAAACGGUGGAGUGGUGCCUUCCUCGCCGGACGAGCAGAUGGACACGACGAGUGGACCUCCCCUGGCCCCCACGGUGGUCAGCGCGCCUCCUCCGCGGUCACCAGCCAUCCCGACGCGGAGCAAGGUGCCACCUCCGCCUCGACCCAAGGCACGUGGUGACCAUGCUGUUCCUUCCCUGCCGCGUCGUCUACUUGGAUAUCUGGGUGGACCUUUCCGUUGAGGGAACACCGGUUCAGGGGAACACUGUAGCAGCCCAAUACCCCUGUCACAGCGGCACCCACUCAGUGAUAAGUGAAUUCGUAAUGUAACUAACAAUGCAGUUAAAAAGGCAAUGACGAAGAUGAGUUGCACAAACGAGAGCUGACUUUGCACUAGUGAUGCAUUACCCAUCUGCGUAGAGCAUACACAAUGACGAGGUACGAAAGGAAGGAAGCCAUGCAGAGUUCUCUGUCCCUGUGCCUUUCUUCUGUAGCAAGCAUAUCUGUGCACGCUUUGCAGAGAUCAUGAAUUACCAACUUACCCAAGCCUCCACCCUAACAAGUUGCAUUACUCGCCUCCAUCCUUGCCUUUACUGCACUCUUGGUUAUGCCAUGGCUCCAAACCAUUUUGCCCAGUUUUUCUCUAAGUCACUGAACAUCAAACUCGAUGGCUAUCGGAGAUUGUUGCAACGCUCAGUGAUAGCCAGGCUACUCUCAGCUAUGGUUAUUCAGUAUUCUGUGGAUUUUGUCCUGUCUGCAAGGCUGUUCGCAAAACUGUCUUGACUUAGAGGGGGGGAGGGGGGGGGAAGAAAAUAGGCUCAAAGACACUGCCUUCUCUGGAGCUUAGUACACUGUAGUAAAGUUUGCUGCAUAAUUUUGAGUUACAUUCCAUGUUGUUGAAAUCGAUGCUGCGUAUUUGGAUGCAGUAUUAUCAGUCCUUGGUGGAGAUUCUCAAGGGGCACUGAAAAGUGUGGUCACCAGCCCCACACCUGGUGAUCGAGAGUUAAUCAACACCUCUAUCUGCAAGGUCCAAAUAACAGAUAGCAUGUGUUUUAAGACUGCAUUGUUUAUCAGAAGCUGGUUUAUCAUAGAUUAGUGUGCACCGCUUUCAGACAUCAGUAGCAAUGUUUGUGAACUAACAGUAAUAAAAGCCCGAUGUUUCGGACUUCCUAGUGGCUGCGAAAACAUCCGAAAAAUCGGGCAGUCCAAAAAAAUGAAUGCAUGCCUUUUACUACCCCAAGGGCUCAAACCGCCACAGACACGCCCGAAAUAGCUCUCAAGGCCUGCCAGUAGAAUUAUAAGUCGUAUCGUUGCUCGUACUGUGAUAGGAGACUGCGGGUGCACGUGUGUAUAGUUAAUAAAUACAUACCGUGUCCCGCGACAAUUGCCCCUUCCCUCUCUUGGUAUGCCUCAACACGUAACACUGCUGUGUUAAGGUGAAGCUGACUUUCAGGAACCAGCAUUUUGCAACGCGGCCCAGCUUUCCGAGCUUUGAAGGCAUUGGCGAGCGUUACAAAGGCAGAGUUGGCGCUAUUGCUAACAGAGGCGAAUUGUUUUAAUGAGAAACACGGUACUGAACAGCAAGCAGCUUGGUAGCGAACGUCGAAGCAGCUAGGCCUAGCGUUGUACUUGGGGUGGCUAUGGCUGUGAGCAGAUCUGCAUGCGGGAGCGCCGGUUUGAGGCGAUGAUAUGAUCAAAAUGGCGGCGGUGAUGGCUUCAAUUAAUGCCGUUUCGGACCUGCGGUCAUGGAAAAUAGUCUGGAAAAUCGGACGGCAUCCAAAAUUUCAGACGUUCUUAUACAUUGACUCUAUGGCGGUACGUGGUGGUGCCGCGAAGGCAUGCGAAUCAUCGGGCAUGUCCGAAAAAUCUGACAGCCGGAAAAUCGGCCGUUGACUAUAUAUUGCAAGUUAUCUUGCAGGUAAUCGGUAGUUGAUGAGGCAAUGCUUUUUUAUUUGAGAAGUUCCCUGUACCGUCAAACUACCAUACAACGAAGGUCGUACUUGCAGUGAGAAAAUGUGUUAAAUUGGGAUUAUCACUAAUUGAGGUUUCCUUGUUUCAGCAGUAAAAAUUAACUUUGCAGGUUUCUAGAAAUCUCAUGGUGAAUAGCAUCUUGUCAGUAAGCAGUAAUAUUGAACAGAAGCUCCUAGAAACUUAACCAUUGAUUACAUAGUCAAAAGCACUAGUGGGCGUGGUAAAUAUCAAGAGCUCCGCGUGGACUGCAUCUACUCCUACUGGUUGCUGUCACAUGGCGCCCUGCAUAAAUGGGCUCAGUGCCCAUCAUUGUGGCACACCACAGGUGACACCCAGACAAUGCGCAUUUUCUUUGUCCUUGCCAAGCCAUUGGUAAGCUCUCUUCUAUUUGGCGAAUGGCAUGAGCGGGGCAUUGUGUCCUGUGCAUUCACCGUAUCUAUAUGCGUUAUGUCCUUAGCUAGACUGUGAAUGCUUUUUUUUUUUUUUUGCCAUCCCGGAAACAUUUGCAUGUGUAAGCAGGUGCAAAAACAAUGAAUUCACUCUUUGGCAGUGUAAUUGCUUUCUCUUGCUUGUUGCAAAGGCUUCGGGCACAUGCAUGCAAUGUACAAUAUUUGUCAGAAAUGUGCCUUCGACCGUCUGACCCACUGCAGUCUGUAUAGAGAGUUUCCUUGAAAUGCCAUAACCCUCCAACACCCUCGGGAAUGAAAGGAAUCUCGUGCAUGUUAUUCAGGUGUCUGGAUUGGCGGGCGCACAACAGGUAGUGCUCCACACAGUCAAACAGCAUACCUACUGUAUAUGGUGAACAUGCGGAGUAGCCCAUAUAUUUUUGCAGAAGGCUGUACUGUCGCGCUCAGUAUGAGUUGCAACACGGGAGCUCGUGGCCCCAAGGUUCUCUGAGACUGCACGGCACUGCCGGCACAUGAAAAAUUGCUUAACUAAAUGUUGUUACUGGUAGCACCUCGUUUCCGAGAAAAAUGGCAGAAAAAUGACAUCUGCCAUUUUUCUUGGUGAAAGUAAAAGUGGUUGGUGGAUGUAUACCGUAUUGCAACUUGCAUUGUGCGUGAUGUAUGCAUGGACUUUGCUAAAUGAAAACGGUGGAAGAAAAUCACCCUGCUAGUUUGCUGGAAAACGUACAUGGUACUCAAUAGAAUGGAAGAUAGGAAAUGAAAAAAGAAAGUUUAAUAUAAUGUGGAUCUCAUUAAACCAAGGAUUAUAGUAUUGAGGUUCAACUGCGCAUCGUUUUCUUUUAGUCCAAGGAACGUUCGUAAAAACAACUUCAUAAUUCAGAUGCUGAUGACACCACUCUGUUUAUUUUACUGGGGCAGUUGAUUCUCAAUGAUCGCUGAAAUGCAGAGUGCCUAGACUCAUUCUGCUGGUGGGUGCUCAAUUGUUGAAACAGCCUUCACAGCAGCUGUGCACACUGACUUUAUUCCGCUUUCUUUUGACAGUGAAGUCAGGGAGCACACUGGAAGUACCGAUGUGACAGGGGUAGUAUUACAGUCGAACCCGGAAUACCGAACCCUCAUCUAACAAGUUAUUGUGUAUAACGAAGAGCAGUAAAAUCCCCUUGAAAUUUUUUGUAUAGAAUUUUUAUUUUAUAUAUCGAAUUACCUUUUUAUCAAACUUUUUGUGAUCCCCUUCAGAUUCGAUAUAUCUAGGUUCGACUGUAUGUUGCCUUUGCACAGUUGGGCAGGGCUUUGCCUUCUGCCUGCGUUACGGCAACUACGUCUGAGGCAUCUGACGACUUUGUUAUUGGCGCUGUCGCUCUCUGCUGCUGCUACACUGUACAGCUGGCGUGCAGUGGGCGUGGCAGAUGCCUCAGUUACUUCAUGCAUUUGAUGCAUGGGCACUGCUUGCACAGUGCAUUCAGUGGCUGGGACGUGCGAAAACUGAAGCAACUCGCGGUUUAAGUAGAGACAAGAGGCACUUGCCUCUUGUCUCUACUGCAGUGCAUGUGAAUACACAAAAUGGAUCCUUGAGACCUCCAGCACCCCCCCCCCCCUUCCCUGGUGGUACGUACCACUGUGCUACUACCGACCAUCCUGUCGCUCGCCAAAAGCGACGUAGAGCUUUGAUUGCAGAUGUUGCGGUGUGCUUGUGCCAGAAGUUACACCAUAGAUUUUAAGGAAGGGCUUGACGACCAGUGGAUGGGGCCCUCGCUUUUCUGGACACAAAUCCUUGUCCAGUCUGUUCCCACUCAGUCUCACAUGGUCACACUCUGCGAUCUCUUGAAAUGUGCCAUUUAAAAAGCUAUCAGGGCUGAUGUUUCUGCUGCGAUUUUAUCCCAUCUUGCAUAUCACGUUUUAGGCCAGUUGAACGAUCUCUGACAUUGAUGCAGGUAGAACCUAUCUCAGCCCUUCUUUUUUCUUUUUUUAAUGGCUACAUUUUCCUUCUACUUGUCAUAUUCAUGCCCAGUUCUCAGAUUUGCACAUCCUUGUGGAAUGCUGCACAGAAGAAAAGAUGAGAAUGAGCAGAGGAGUGUAGCCUGUUGCAUUUGGUGGGGCUUGAGUAAUUCACAAGGUGGAGUUAAGCCACUAGGAUAGGUGUAGAGAGUACUGGACCAUUAUUCUUGCAGGUGUAUAAGUGCUUCCACCUGAUGUGAGCUCUUUAUAGAAAAGGUGCUAUGAAACGAAAAUUGAGUCGAGGCUUUGUCUGGUGUCUCCUCUCAUUGCAGUUCCUUUUCGUUUUGUUCUUCUGCAUUUGGUUAUUUGUCCUUAGUGGCAUUGACAAACUAGACAUAAAACAAAGAAAAAAGAAACGCAAGCUACCAACUGCAAAGUAGUACGAGCUUUGUUAUGAGCCUACUGUGAGUUGGCUGUGACACUUGUUCGUGUAUCUUCAGACCCAAUUAGCCAUGGCAUUAACGGCCAACUUGCCCAGUAAAAUAUGGUAGGUCACAAGUAGUGUUUGCUUUGCUGCUGGGCCACUUCUAGCAACUUCUUCCUCUUUCAUUACAAGAGGCACCAUGAACAUCACUUCGCAAUGUUCAUCGGGCAAUGUUACAACUUAGCAGUUCCCACACAUGCAUAAAGGCCGUCCGGCCUUACAGCCACUUUUUGUAAUGGAGUGCUUUUCGUUAGGAGGCUAAAAGGGCCCCACACCACCACAUGCUCUUCCAUUGGAAGCAGUGUCGAGACUGAUUGCUGGCUUUGCUGUAAUGGACAACUGCUGCUUCAACAGUACGCUGCUUCACCAGUACGAUGAUUAAUUAGCAACUCGCCCAACUUUCCACAUUACUGAACUAUCAAUAUGCACAGCACAUGCAGCAACACCUCAUUAAUACCGAAAUGCCUAAUGUAUCAUUUGGUACCUCAAAAUACUGAUUUGAGCAUGAGAAAGGUUACACAAAACACAUAGCAGUGUUCUCAAUGCAAACACAUUUACAACUCAAAAAAACAUUACCGUACAUUGCUUUUCUGGUACAAAUGUACUCUGUGACCAGAAAUAAAGGUCAACAAGUUCUCGUAAUGUUCAUUGGUGUGGAAUCAUAUGUGGCCUUUGUUAGGUUAAAACACAUUUAAUUAGGGAAGACAUGCUGCGAGUGCUUGCUUGGUAGCGAAGACUAGGCAUAGUGGAUUUCCACUUACUUCACUCUGGCUAAUUUGAUCUCCCACCUAAUGCAAUCUUGUCUGAAGGCUCGAGCUGUUGCUGGGCAUUAUGGGCCGAGCCUCCAUUAUUUCAAUUUCAGUUGUGAUCGUGUGCCAUUAGAUUCCACUGUUAAAAUACUCAUUAAUGGGACCUGAAUGCACCAAUUCUGAAGUCCCCUUAUGUGCACGUGCCGAACCAGUUGGAUUCACAAAGGCAAUAUAGUGCAGGCGUACUUGUAGCAGGUUAGACCCUUCAAACCAAGGCUUUGUUUCUUAAAAUAGAGCAAGUGUAAUUAGGUUACUUUGCAUCGUUGUGCUUUUGUCGUUGCACUGAGUUCCACUUUGGCUUCUUCGCAAACCUGUACUUGCUCCACACGUUUUGCCUGUAUGUACUUCCUUAGGCCUACAAAGCUAACUUCACUUAUUCCAAGUAGUAUCAUCAUUUGUCACAAUUGCAGUGCACUGAAGGGGACACAAAAGUAUGGAACAAGUGUUUCACCUUAAUUUUUUUUAAAGCAGGGAAAAAUAACACAGAGGUGCAUUUGCACGUUGACACUUUCUAGGACCAUCCACGAAACGAACAGUAUAUCACAAUGCUUAUGAACAGAAAACGAUGCAGCUGCUCUACGUAAUACUGGUGGCAUCUCAGGGUCACAAGAGGCAGGGUGACUGAUUUCGGGUGAAAUGCAAAGAAAUGUCGAUGAUGGGCAAGGGCAUCAGUUAGCAAGGACUCGUAUUCAUCUCAAACCACUGUCAUUUAUCUUUUUGCAGGUGUAUUUUCCCAGGGGCCAAGCGAUAGAUGGAUGUCCUUGAGGCGACUAAUAUGGUCAGGGUUUGCACGAUACGCGUGCUGCAGUCGUUGAUCGGGACGGAGUUGCAUGCAACAGUGUUCAAGUUGCGGUUCAGUUGUGGUCGUUUCAGCACGACAUUCAACCAGCUGAAGUGAAGCCUUGUCCGGGGCUGCUGUGGUAAAAAUUCGAGGCCCUCUUGACUGAAGCUGCAGAGAUCAAGCAGGGAUCAAAGCACGACUCUGUUUGCAGGCUCGAGGAGGCAAUGUCACACUUCCAGGGCAUUUCGUCAUUUCAAAAAAGAGCAGGGGCAUGCCUGGAACAGGGCCCUGCACCAGGCUAGUUGGGUAAAUGUCUUCGAACGGUGACAUCGCAAGCGAGUGGCAGCAUGAAUUCGCCAGUGCCUGUCGUGUGAUCACUGUGUCAUCUUUCAAACGGUUAUGCACCAUUUCAUAUGUGGCAAGCAGUGCUCGAAGAUACACAAGUAGUGCGGUCGUAGAAGUCUCACUCUGCACGUGUCGCGGUGCAUUUUUUGAUCGGCAAUGCCUUCUGUGGUGGAAUAACUAGUCUGUACAUUACAACUACAACUCAAAGAUGUCAGGUUACAUCAAAUCGCACAUUGAUUACGCACCUUUGCGCUUCGACCAAGGUGACUUUCUGUAGCCACUAGUCGCAGAAAUGUGUCAUUCCGCUUGUUCGGUGAUAAAUACGUUCAGAUCUGCGAUGUCUUCCAUGCGAUAAUUAUAAGCAUUUUAUGGACAACUAUCUGGUCAGGUAAAAGUAUGAUUGAAAGACUGGGUCACUGAAUUAAUCAAAACAAAAAAACUUAUUGACAAGUUUCAUAUGGAACUGGUAUGGAGCUGUCUCAUUGAAGUCGUUUUGUACGGAACCAUCGUGAACCUGAAAUGUCGACAAUUUCUUUGUAUUGACUUUGUCAGUGACCUUAUCCUUUCGUCAUAUGUUAUAUUUUGUGACAUAGAAGUGUGUGACAAUGUUACAUCUUAUGAUAUAUAGCUAUACGACUAAUUGAAGCACAAGGCAGACUACAAAGACGAUAGGACAUGUGACGCAGUAUUUUUCGGUUGAAAAUGCGAGCAGUGAGACUCUAGGCUCCGUAGCUUUCUCUGCUGUUUAUGAAAUGGAGUUAUAGUGUUUGAAGAGAGACAUGCCUAGUCCUCGCAGAGAAGGUUGCUUGCUUGCCCAUGGACCAAGACGUGCCUUCCUGUGUGACCACACUUUUGAUGCUGCUUCGCAGAAAACUGCAGCUUGUCACAAACAAAAGGAUUGUGUUCAAAGAUAGGUUUCAAAUGACUGUUUAACAUCUACAUUAAUGGCCGUGAUGCAGCUAGCAUGCAAAUCUGCCCUUCGCCAAACGAAGAAAACUUGUGUAUGAUUGGCAGGCUGUAAAUAAAAGUUUGUUUCUGAU